AUGGAGCGGCGCAUCUUCCAGCAGCUGCUGGAGCUCAAGAGGCUCCAGAUCCGCGCGGGCCGCGCCAACGAGCAGGUGCUCGUCAAGAGGCUCGUCGACGACUACCGCCGCGCCGGCCUCAUCGUCGGCCUCAAGGGCUUCCACGGACCCUUCACCUUCCGCGCCUUCGAGAAGUACCUCUACGACCAGCUGCGCACGCUGCAGUCGGCAGAGCGGCGGCUGGUGCCGCGGCUCAAGAGCAGCGACGACCUGGAGAAGCUGAGCGCCGCGCUGCGCCGCGCCAAGCUGAACAACCUGCUGCCACCGGGAGACCCGGCACUCUGCACGCACGGCACCCACCGCUGCCACCACGCCGCCCACGCCUACACCGGGGUGCCCUGCGCCGCCUACACCGCGUGUUGCAGUCGCACCGCGCCUCAACCACCACCAGCUGCCCAAGACGGCGGCGACGCCCUUCCUGCCGCGCAUCCACACGGGGGCGGCGCCCGGGGGCGGCGGCAGGCCAGCGGGGGCGGCCAAGGGGGCGGCGACGGCGGCGGCGGCGGCGGCGGGGCGCGCGGUGACGCUGGAGCUGGGAGCGGGCGGGCGGCACCGGCGGCGGCGCGCGUCGUGCGCUCGCUGGCCAACUCCGUCUACAUGUUCCGCCAGCGCGGCACUUGGCAGACACGUGGCGCCGCCACGCGCCGGCCGGCCUCCCCGCGAACUAACGCGCAGGACGCGGAAAACGUUCUCCACAGGUCGCAGGCGACACUGAAGCAGAGCUCUUAG